CACUCCUUGCGUCUAUUCUGCGUAGGCCUUCUUAUUCUGGCUGCAGCAACUGCAGCCUGCAGAAGGCAACGCCAAACGCACACCACAUCCUCCUCAUAUCCUCCUCUCUGACGCCUUUUCCUGCACUCUGAUUGCUCCUCCUGCCCUCCUCUCUCAGAUCUCAAUUCCCAUCACAACCGCACUCUAGUGGCAGCAGCAGACUUGAGACCACAAGACAACAUACAAGAGGAGGAGGACUGCAAAAGAACACCAAGAAACGACAGGCAGGCUGGUGAGGAGUGACUAGUGACCAUGCUGCUCUCUGAUCUCUCGUCUGACCAGGAGGCCACUGGAUCCAGUUCGCAUGCCGGGGACAUCGCCAGCUACGCCCUGAGCCCUCUCCUUGUUGGGCAGGCGGUGGCUUCUGCCACCGCGCUGCCGCCGCCGCAGCCGGAGGAGCCCAGGGCGGGGGCCAAGAGGAAGAGGAGCCAGCCCGGCAACCCAGACCCCGGCGCGGAGGUGAUCGCGCUGUCGCCGCGGACGCUGGUGGCGACGAACCGGUUCGUGUGCGAGAUCUGCAACAAGGGCUUCCAGCGGGACCAGAACCUGCAGCUGCACCGCCGCGGACACAACCUCCCCUGGAAGCUCCGCCAGCGCAGCCUCCCGUCCGGCGCCGGCAGGCAGGACGCCGCGCCGCCGCCGCGCAAGCGCGUGUACGUCUGUCCCGAGCCCACCUGCGUCCACCACGACCCGGCAAGGGCGCUGGGUGACCUGACGGGGAUCAAGAAACACUUUUCACGGAAGCACGGCGAGAAGCGGUGGUGGUGCGAGCGGUGCGGGAAGCGCUACGCCGUGCAGUCCGACUGGAAGGCGCACGUCAAGAGCUGCGGCACGCGCGAGUACCGCUGCGACUGCGGCAUCCUCUUCUCCAGGAAGGACAGCCUGCUCACACACAGGGCCUUCUGUGAUGCCCUAGCUGAGGAGAGUGCAAGGCUUCUUGCAGCUGCAAACAACAGCACCAUUACCAACAGCAAUGGCAACAGCAACAAUAAUCUUCUGAUCACCAACAGCAGCACACCACUGUUCCUACCAUUCUCCAGUCCUCCUCCUCCUCCUGCCGCUCAAAACCCUAAUGCCCUCUUCUUCCUGCACCAAGGGGCCUCUGAUCUCCUGCAGCCUAUCCAACCCUCACCGUACCUUGACCUCCCUAUCUCUGCCACCAUCAGCACCAACGUCGUCGCCGACACUGUCAGCUUCGGUCUUACUGGUCUUACUCCGGACGGCUCGGUGGCUCUGCACGCCGGCGGCCACCGGCGCCGGCUCACCAGGGACUUCCUCAGCGUCGACGACGGCGAGGUCGAGGAGCUGCAUCAGCUGUCACUGUGCGACACCGCUGCUGCCACCGUCCCUCGCGCUGCCAGCUGCGCCACCGACCUGACCAGGCAGUACCUCGGCGAGCGGCUGCCGCCGGUGAACGAGACGUGGAGCCACAACUUCUAGGCCUGCUUGAAGAGAAGCCACUCAAACUGCAUGCACUCUUGAAGAGCAAUCAAAACAUAGUUCGACGUGCCUACAUCUUGUCCAAUGCCGUUUAUUUCUUAAUCUUCAUUUCCCUGUCUAAUUCUCAUUAGGGUACGCGGAUUCGGCUUUCGUAACUAUCACUGCAUGCAUGGAUCAUCAAGCUUUUGUUGGUUUUUGUGUUUCUUUUUCUUCUCCUGAGAGACAUGUUACUCUCCUUGAGAUG